UAUUUUAUUAUUGUUUAAAUAUAAUUACAUUUUUUAUAUUUUAAAUUAAAUAAAAUUCACCAUAAACUUUGCAAACUGAAUGUAAAAUGUAUUUAUAGACUUUCAAUUACUUUAAAUAAAUACAUACAUACAUGCAUAAAUGUAGGCUAUGUAAAAUCCUAAUAAAGAUAUGGUCAUGUACCUGCAAAAGUAUUUCUUUUCAAAAUUAGUACGCCGUAAUAGGCUAGUUAAAACAUAAGCAGUAUUUCUAUAAACAGUCUUACAAAUUGUCUUGACAUGUUUGCAAAUUGAUCAAGUGUUUGUGAUGAACAAAAAAAGAUGAUGGAUGGAUGAAUGAAGUGUAAAUUAAGGUGUGGCAGAAAUGGAGGUGUGACUUGCCCAUUAGAGAUCACAGAGCCCACUUAACCUUUUAAGUGUAUAAGUGUUAGGACAGCCCCUUUCUGGACCAUCAGGUGGGCAGGUAUAAAUAUUGGCAACCUUUAGUUGUACCACAAGGAGCAGUAACAAAGCAUUCAGCUUGACCUACUCAUCCUUACAUUCUUAAAUCAAAAAUCCUUCAAAGACAUGUGGACUGACUGCAUUGCUCAAGAUGGAAGCUCACAGGCCAGUAAGAUUGCAGGCCGCAGGAAGCGAACCAGUUUUAACAAAGAGCAUUUAGAACUUCUAAAAAUGGCUUUCAGCGUGGAUCCUUACCCUGGUAUUAGUGUCAGGGAAAGUCUAUCUCAAGCAACAGGCCUUCCAGAGUCACGUAUUCAGGUGUGGUUCCAGAACAAGAGGGCCAGAACCCUAAAGAACAGAGACACUUGGACCUCACCACAGCUGGAUAGUACCUCUCCUCUGCCCAGCCCUCUUCUACCACCUCACAUGGCUAGUGUUGGGGCCAGUGGCCACCAUAGAGGCAUUCAAGAGGCGUCCUUCAACAUUCAGAUGGCUCAAACAUCUCCACAGCACUUUACCUUUCCUCCAACCGCCUACAGCACACCUGCUAUUAAGCCACGGCAAAACAGGCUGAUGGGAACCAGCUCUUGUUCUCCCUCCCUUCCCUCUGAUCUGCAAGCUGCAGACAGCUGGAGCUCUGGAGGAAGCACACAGUCCUCUCCUGAGUCUACAUGGAAUCUACCAGCGCAGAGUUUUGGGAAUUCCUACAAGGAUGAGAGCCAUUUCUUCCUCUACCCACCACCUCCUUACCCUCAUGGGAGUGCCAGAGUUGGAUGUGUUAGUGGCCUGGAGUCACUUGCCACCUCUCCUGCCUCUUCUGAUUCUGCAUUUUGGGACAUGGGACUGGAAAACUGCUCUCCCUCUGUGCCUUACACUGACUGUGGAAGCCCAUUGGACAGGAUCGCUGAGGAGCAGCCUGUGGCCCCACUUCCAGAUCUGUCCUCUCAGUAUCUGGAGGAUGUCCUUGGGGAAAUGGAGCCAGCCUGGUGGAACUUCAAUGGCCAGAUGGAUCUACAGUAAUCUUGCAAACAUCCAUAACCUGAGGAGACAAAGACUGGGUUUAACUUGAAGAGUAGAAUUAUUUUGUUUGGACUGUAUUAUAUAGGAAGCAUGGUAUUGUGCAAGUGCUGGUUACAGAGCAAUAUCAGAUGUCCACAUCAGACUUUUUAUUUAUAUGACGGACUUUAUUUAUUUACAUUUUCUACCAAAAAGUAGAUUGGAAACAGUAGUCUAUGGUUGCACCAGAAAGUACUUCAGAACUUAUUUAUUAAUUUCUUGCUCUUUUAAGGUAUAACAGUGCAGUUGGGAUAUUUAUUCUACAUUAAAUUAUGCUCACACAACCUGUCACUUUGUAAAAUAAUACAUAUGUAUUUAAAAUAAAA